CUCGACAAUAUAGAAAAAUAUUAUAAAUACAUCUUACAAUUAUCAGAAGAACAAACUGAUGAAUAUCUCAAAGAAAUAAAAAAGAUAACCAAAGCAAAAUUACGAAUAGCUAAAAAAGCUGAAACAAGAAAAGUAUACUUAUAUCAGACAAUACAAGCAUUAACUGAAACCAAUGAUGUGAUACUAUAG